AAAAUAAUGAAGGUUGUCAAGGAGGUGGAAGCUCCAUCUGUCAAUGCCUUCAACUGGAAUUUACCCCAACCGGGUGCCACCGUAAAAGUCUAUGCCAGCGCCGUAGAUGGGCCCGAGUGUUUCUGGUGUCAACUAUCAACGGCAGAUAUGGACUCUCUAGCAUCACAAGUCCAAGAGGCCGGAGAAAAGUCUGUCAGAAGCAAUGAUUUUAUAGCUUCCCUUCGCGUUGGCAGUCCUUGCAAUGUCAUCUUCAGUGAGGAUAACAACUGGUACAGGGCCAUGGUUACCAAAAUGGAGUCUGAUGUGGUGACCGUGAGGUUUACCGACUACGGUAAUGAGGACUCUGUUGGGCAAGACCAAAUUCGGCAACUUCCUGAACCCUUAGUAAAAAUUUCUCCUCAAGCAUUUUCAUGCUGCUUGGCGGAUUUUGACAUGAAAGCAGAAACCUGGACCUCAGAAGGCAGAAACUACUUCUAUGAGAAAGUAAAUGAAGACAUGCUGGAAUUGACCAUUCAUGAAAUACAAGAACCAGACGAGAGCUAUAUACCGGUGGCACGUGUCACCAUUAAGUGUAAUGGGCUGGAUAUACGUGAGGACGUGAGACAGUUCCUGCAAGGAGUGAAGAGCGAGGGCUUAGAAGUGCCAGACGGGUCCAUAAACUUAACUCCUAUAGAUGAAAACCAGGCUGUGGAAACAGAUCAACCUCAAGUGUGUGAAGAGUUAUGUACCACAGAUGUAAGAGCGUAUGAGCCUGAAGAGAGUGCCCUAGAAGGCCAGUAUGAUGAAGACUGCCCCCUACAGGAAGAUGUGAUAGAAGAUCAAGCCUGUUCCCGUCUUAAUGAAGAGCAAGAAAGUGACACAGAUGGGGUUAAAGAAGCCGUGAACUUGCAUCAUAAAGCACAUAAUGGCCCGGCUGUGGAAGACUUGAGUCACGUAGCUUUAAAGGAUCAAGUUCCGCAAGAUGAAUUUGAGGCUACAGAAGAGAUUAAAAUAGCAAUUGUACCCGGAGUAUCUGAGGAUGUCCCAGAGUUUGAAGAGUUUGAGGAUUGCACAGAAGGCCCGUAUGAAGAGAACAAUGACCCGACAGAUGAUGUGUCUUCGAAUCAUCUUGAACAAGGGGGUUUGAUUGAAUCUGGUCGCCCUGAGACUGCAGCCCACCAGCAGUGCCCUGACCUGAUGUCCUCACGUCAUCAAGAACAUCUGUCCCGGGACACCUCUGCUUCUGUGGAAAGUCUGAUUAGUCAUUUCAAUGAUAAAUUGUUUCUACUAAAUGAAGAAAGAACGACACAUGACGCUGCAAAGAAAGAGGUUACAACAGAUAGUGAAGAGGCAAUUGUACCUGAAGCUGAGUCGGCAGAAGAGUUUGAGGAUUGCACAGAAGAUGGGACAAAGAAAGAAAAAGAAGAAAAUGAAGGUGUUGAUGUGCCUAGUGGAGACUAUGUGGAAAUUGAAGAUGCUCUGAGAAGUGAAUCUUUAGAAACUAGCCACUUUGCAGAAAGUGACGACCUGCACAAAGCUGAAGAGCCUCUCCCCAACAAAAUGUCCCAAGAAGACAAGAUAAUAGCAACCAUUAAAGUUGCUGAUGAAAUUGUACCUUCUGUGAUCAGUGAAGAUGUCCAUAAAAUAGAAAACAUUGUAAAAAAUGAAGACGUUGCGGCAAAUGACUCCAUGUUGGCUAUUGAAGGCAAUAAAGUAUAUAAUGAGGCCAUGGCUAGUGAAGAUGUUUUGGAUGAUGAUACUGUAGAUAACGUGGUGUCUGUAGAGCUUUUAUACAUUGAACCUGAGAAAGAUGAAGCCAACAAAGACGUGGAAAAAUAUGGCGGACUGGUUAUCAGUGAAGAUGAUCUGGUUCCUGGGGAUGCUAAGAUGCUUCUAGAAAGUAAGGCUGUGACAGAAGGUGAAGAGGUUAGUGAAGAUUGUAUGGACAUUGAGGAAAUAUGUGCAGAAGAUCUCAGUCUAAAGGAAGAGACAGUAACUGAGGUUACAACAGAGAGUGAAGAGGCAAUUGUACCUGAAGCUGAGUCUGCAGAAGAGUUUGAGGAUUGCACAGAAGAUGGGACAAAGCAAGAAAAAGAAGAAAAUGAAGGUGUUGAUGUGCCUAGUGGAGACUAUGUGGAAAUUGAAGAUGCUCUGAGAAGUGAAUCUUUAGAAACUAGCCACUUUGCAGAAAGUGACGACCUGCACAAAGCUGAAGAGCCUCUCCCCAACAAAAUGUCCCAAGAAGGCAAGAUAAUAGCAACCAUUAAAUUUGCUGAUGAAAUUGUACCUUCUGUGAUCAGUGAAGAUGUCCAUAAAAUAGAAAACAUUGUAAAAAAUGAAGAUGUUUCGGCAACUGACUCCAUGUUAGUUAUUGAAGGCAAUAAAGUAUAUGAUGAGGCCAUGGCUAGUGAAGAUGUUUUGGAUGAUGAUACUGUAGAUAACGUGGUGUCUGUAGAGCUUUUAUACAUUGAACCUGAGAAAGAUGAAGCCAACAAAGACGUGGAAAAAUAUGGUGGACUGGUUAUCAGUGAAGAUGAUCUGGUUCCUGGGGAUGCUAAGAUGCUUCUAGAAAGUAAGGCUGUGACAGAAGGUGAAGAGGUUAGUGAAGAUUGUAUGGACAUUGAGGAAAUAUGUGCAGAAAAUCUCAGUCUAAAGGAAGAGACAGUAACUGAUGAGACAAAGCGAGAAAAAGUAGAACAUGAAGGUGUUGAUGUGCCCGGUGAAGAAUAUUUGGAUAUUGAAAACGCUCUGGGAAGUGAAGCUAUAGAAACCAUCUUAGAAAGCGAUGACCUGCACAAAAAUGGGGGGCCUGCCCACAGCAUAAUGUCCCAAGAAGACAAGAAAAUAUUAACCAUUAAAGUUGCUGAUGAAAUUGUACCUUCUGUGAUCAAUGAAGAUGUCCAGAAAAUAGAAAACAUUGUCAAAAAUGAAGCUGUUGAGGCAACUGAUGCUAUCUUAGCUAUUGAAGGCAAUAAAGUAUAUGACAAGGCCAUGGCUAGAGAAGAUGUUUUGGAUGAUGAUACUGUAGAGAACGUGGUGUCUGCAGAGCUUUUAUACAUUGAACCUGAGAAAGAUGAAGCCAACAAAAAAGUGGAAAAAUAUGGUGGACUGGUUAUCAAUGAAGAUGAUCUGGUUCCUGGUGAUGCUAAGAUGCUUCUAGAAAGUAAGGCUGUGACAGAAGGUGAAGAUUGUAUGGACAUUGAGGCAAUAUGUGCAGAAGAUCUCAGUCUAAAGGAAGAGACAGUAACUGAUGGGACAAACCAAGAAAAAGUAGAACAUGUAGAUGUGCCCAGUGAAGACUAUGUAGAAAUUGAAAACGCUCUGAGAAGUGAAGCUUUAGAAACCAGCUUAGAAUUUGAUUACCUGCACAAAGAUGGAGGGCCUGCCCCAAGCAUAAUGUCCCAAGAAGACAAGAAUAUAUUAACCAUUAAAGUUGCUGAUGAAGACGUUGAGGCAACUGACUCCAUCUUAGCUAUUGAAGGCAAUAAAGUAUAUGAUGAGGCCAUGGCUAGUGAAGAUGUUUUGGAUGAUGAUACUGUAGAGAACGUGGUGUCUGCAGAGCUUUUAUGCAUUGAACCUGACAAAGAUGAAGCCAUCAAGGAUGUCGGACAUUAUGGUGGACUGGUUUUCAGUGAAGAUGAUCUGCUUCCUGAUGAUGUUAAGAUGCUUCUAGUAAGUAAGGCUGUGACAGAAGGUGAAGAGGUUAGUGAAGAUUGUAUGGACAUUGAGGCAAUAUGUGCAGAAGAUCUCAGUCUAAAGGAAGAGACAAUAACUGGUAAAGAAGCCAUUGAGCAUGUAAGGACCAUAACUAGUAAUGACUUUAUACAAAGUGAUUUAACCAGCUGUGACUUCACUGAGUGUGCAGAGGUGACAACUACACAUAUCGACCUUAGAUAUAUUGAAGAAGAAAUUCAAGAGGAUGAAGAAGUUGCGACUUUAGAAGGAGCUGUUGGAGGAGCUAGCUUAUGCUUUCAUAAGUUUGAGGCCAUUUUAGUUAAAGGUCCAUGGAUUGACUUAACUCAAAAAUGUGUAGCUUUUGCUGAAGAAAAACCAGUAGAUGAUAAACACACAGAUCUCAUGAACCUUAAUCAACCUGUAGCUGAUGGAGACCUGGAGACAAGGAACAAGGAACUGAAAGAAAAUAUGAAACUUGAAAAAAACGUAGACACCAAAGACAAGGAACUCAAGGACAGUGUGAACUGUGGACAAUCUGUAACUGAUGAUCUUGACCUUAAAGACAGCAAGUACUUGGAAGAACUUGUAGUUGGUGAGGUCCUGGAGGUGAAAGACAAUAUGAGCCAUGAAGAAUCUAUAGAAGGUCAAGAGAAGGACAGCAUGAACCAUGACGGAGCUGUAACUAAUGACAACAAGGAACUUAAAUAUAGUAUGAAGAGCGAAGAAGGUGUAGCCUGUGAAGAUGUAAAUAAGGCUUUGGCUUCUGAAGAAGUCUUCUGUGGAUUUCUAUCUGCAGACUUUAUUGACCUUAAAGAGCCUGAAAUCAUCCAAGGGUUUGUGGAAACUGUUAAAGCUGAUACCAGCCAGCAUGUGGAAGAUUUAGGGACUGUAACUAGCAAUGACUUUGUGGAAAGUAAGGGAGAUUUAACUGAGAGUAACAUUACUGAGUGUGGAGCGGGGACAACUACUGAUAUUGCUGAAAUUAUUAACAAGGAUGAAGAACUUGUAUCUACAGAAAGAGCCAUCAGAGAAAUUAGCUUAAGCUUUGAAGAGGUUAAGGCCACAGUUGUUGAAGGUCCAUUUGUUGAUUUAUGUCAAGAAUUCGUAGCUGGUGUAGGUGAAGAACCAGUAGAAAAUAAAGAUCUGGAAUUUAAAGAUACUAUGACGAGUGAAGAAGUUCUUGUCGAAGAAGACCUAGAAAUAGGAGCUUCAGCUUUUGAAGAAAACUUUUGGGAAUCUCUGUGUACAGGUGACAUCAGUGACAAUGAACUUGUUGAAGACUUCUCUGAAAACAGUCAGCAUUCUGUGGACUGUGUUAGAGGUGAAUGUGACCCAAGUGAAGACACCUUACCUGCAGAUGAUUCCAGCACAACACUGCCAGAAGAACAAGAACAAGCUCCAGCUGAGGUCAUGGCAGAGGACGUUUGGGAGUCAACCUCUGAGGAUGUGACUUCAGAAGGGCAAGGUAGCCAGUCGGGAAGUUUCACCUCAUACAGAGAGUCCCCAACGCUAAUAGCAAGCACUGAAAGUGAACUGAGCGAUCCACUGGAGGAGACGGACAGCGACAGUGAAGCUCCUGAAGCUCAGGACAGUGUGGAAACAAAACUGUCCCCUUAUGUUGGAAGGAAGAAAACGAGCCAAGCGCCAUGAGGGCCACAGUCACAUCAAACAGUUUGUCCUCCGAUUACUUUCAGAUAUUUCUCCUUAAUCAUGACUAAAUAUCUUUCUGGUUUGGAUAUAAGCCGCCGAGUCAUAUUUUAUAUGACAUACUUUUGUGGGUUUGUGUUAUAUGUAUUUAUGUUGAUUUCUGACCAGUUCUGUUAUCAGUCACCGGCUGAUGUUUGCAGGUAAAAUGCCUUAAAGAAAGUGGAAAUUUGAGGCUCUGUACAUUUAGUUUUGCAAACAAAUAAACUAUUAUUGCAGAAAAGUUUUGCUAUGUAUUUUAU